ACUCCCUCUUAAUAUCUCCAGCCUGAGAUCCAAGAGGAGAAGAGACAGAGCAGCUGAAGCACACACUAUACACACACAAGUACAUUGACCAAAAGAAAGAUUUUCACACACACAUACACGUACUCACAGAACACACAUCUACACACUGGAAACACACAUUCACAUACAGCAACACCCUCUGAUACCGGCAGACAUCUGAAGUGACUCUUGAGAGAGAGAAAGAGAGGACUUUACUGCCUAGACAUGCUGAGGGGGACACUUCUCUGGGCUGGCCUGGUGGGAUUCUAUGUCAUUGUCACCCUGUGUCCAGCCUCCUGCCAGCUGAGCGAGGACGACACAGAGACUCUCGUGGAGCUGCACAACAGCUACCGUGGCCAGGUGGUGCCCAAUUCCACCUACAUGCAGAAAGUGAAAUGGGAUGAGAAGCUGAAGAUCAUAGCUGAGGGCUAUGCUGUGAAGUGUAUAUGGGAGCACAACCCGGAUCUAGAGGAGCUGAACAUGGGAGAGAACCUGUUUGUGUCCAACGGACUCUUUGACCCCAACAUUGCCAUGGAGAAGUGGUUCCUGGAGCACCUAGACUACGACUACAACAACAACAGCUGCCAGGAUGACAAGAUGUGUGGACACUACACUCAGAUGGUGUGGGCGGACUCUCACUCUGUGGGCUGUGCUGUUCAUCGCUGUGACACCAUGGAGGGGCUGUCCUUUGACAAAGCCACCUUCCUAGUCUGCAAUUAUUACCCAGCAGGUAACUUUAAUGAUGAGAAACCUUAUGAGGAAGGUGAAUGGUGCUCCAAGUGUCCAGACAACCUGCCGCGAUGUGACCAGAACCUCUGUGUGCCUGAUGCCCAUGAGCCUACAGAGGAGCCUGAUGUAGAGACAAUGUACAGCUCUCUCCCAGGCACUGAUGAGCCCUCCACACACACAGCCACAGCCACAGCCACCACCACAGCCACAGCCACAGCCACAGCCACCACCAUAGCCACAGCCACAGCCACAGCCACCACCAUAGCCACAGCCACAGCCACAGCCACCACCAUAGCCACAGCCACCGAGGACACACCGGCAUCACCACCGAGGACACAACCAGACUACUCAUCAGCCCCUGAGCCAACCAUGGCUGACAGAGAGGAGACAGGCACAGAGCCUGGGGACGAGGAGGAGGAGUGGGAGGGGGAGGGGGAGGAAAGAGCUACAGAGAGGGAGAAGGACAGUACUAGAGAACAACCUCCAUCCAACGCAGGAAGUGUUUCUACUUCCCUACUUCUGGUUACUAGCUUGAUGCCUUUACUGUCACUGGGAUUGUGAGGGAGUGCAUGAGGGAAAAGGUAUCACACACACACGCACUAUCUGGAGCUGAACUGGACAUUGCUGGAAGUUGAAUUACAUUGUGAUAUAAUUAAGCAAUAAGGGCUGAGGGGGUGUGGUAUAUGUCCAAUAUACCACAGCUAAGGGCUGUUCUUAUGCACGACGCAUCGCAGAGUGCCUGGAUACAGCCCUUAGCCGGGGUAUAUUGGUCAUAUAUAUUGGUCUGAUAUACCACGGCUGUCAGCCAAUCAGCAUUCAGGGCUCGAACCACCCAGUUUAUAAUUAAGCAAAAAGGCACGGGGAGGUAUAUAGAAAAUAUACCACGGCUAAGGGCUGUUCUUACGCACGACGCAAAGCGGAAUGCCUGGAUACAGCCCUUAGCCGGGGUAUAUUGGCCAUAUACCACAAACCCCCGAGGUGCCUUAUUGCUAUUAUAAACUGGUUACCCACGUAAUUAGUGCAGUACAAAUAAAUGUUUUGUCAUACCUGUGGUAUACGUUCUGAUAUACCACGAGUGUCAGUCAAUCAGCAUUCAGUGCUCGAACCACCCAGUUUAUAAUUAUGUAUACAGCAUGGAUUUAUAUUAAAUAAACCAAAAUAGCUAAUUUGAUGGUUAUUUAGCUAUUAUUUGCUGGCAAAUAAUUACAGUUGGUAGUUUGCCAUAUGCUUUCUUAGCAAUAAGCAUAAAACAUACAGUAGUUAACAAUGUACUAUAACAGUUGUAUAAAAACAGUUACGACCUGUGACCAAUCUAACAGCAACUACCUUUUAAAGCAAGGCACAUCCUCUAUAAACAUGAAUGGGAUUCCUAAGCCUAAAGGAGCAUAACUAUUGACAAUAUUGAAUAUUUCUGUAAAUGUCUGUAUAUAGAGUGUAAUAAAUAUUGUUUGUUCUA